AUGAACCUCGAUCAACUGUCGCAGUUUCUCUCCACGGUGAUACGCCGGCACACCGCACGCGAGGAGAGCAUUGGCGCAAAACGGCGACUUGUGGCGCUGUACCGCGACGAUGCCAGGUGCGACGUUGCUCUGUCGCUCCCUGUCGCUUCGCUCAAGACACUCUACACGGACUUUGAAGUACGUGAGCUGCCCGCCUUUUACGGCGAUGGUGCUCCCCUUGUGCUCGAGCUAGACGGCAGUGCCUCAACCAAGACUGGAGAUGAUUCUGCGCGGAACGGAGUAAUCGUCAGCUCCCCAAAGCGUCCUCGUGACGCCCAGGAAAGCCAUGAUGAAACGGCAGUCGCCCCAAAUGUCGCGGAUGCGAGCGCGCCGGUACCGUACAGCACCGUCGAGGAGGUGAUCGGCCCCCUGAUCAGCACCGAGGACCUUGUGAACCUGCGUACCGGACUGGCCGGUGCAGCCAAGUCGAUUCCGCUGCCAAGUGUCACCGACAAGGAGAAGCGCGCCGCGCUUCACAAGGCCAUCAAGACCUGUCUCGGUGGCACGCACGUGAGCAACACGGUGGAUGGGGUUGUGACUGUCGUAAAAGCGAACGCCGCCGAUCGUCGGGAAGAGCGUCGCCGCUCUCGCACCAGUCGCCCAGAGCCCAGGUACCACCAUUUUACGCUUUACAAGGAGAACACGGACAGCAACCAGGCGCUGCGCAUGCUCGCCCACCACCUGAAGCUCUCCUCGCGACAACUGCAGUUCUGCGGCACCAAGGACAAGCGGGCCGUCACGCUGCAACGCGUUGCAGUACGCGAAACAACAGUGGAGCGGCUCAAGACGAUCAACAGUCGCACUUUUGGAGCACACAACGUCAUCAAGGUCUGCAGUUUCACGGAGGAGAAACAUGGGUUGCGCCUCGGCGACGCUCUCGGGAACCAGUUUCGCAUCGCUCUCCGCAUGUUCUCUGCCGCGCCAUCGGCCGCCGAAAGCGAGACCUCCGUGUGCCAUGUGCUCACGGCUCAGGACCUGCACGAGGUAGAGCGCGUCGUGCAAGAGGUAGGGGUCAUCAACUACUUUGGCCCUCAGCGCUUUGGCACGACAAGCAUAUUGACCAGUGACGUUGGCAUCCAGUUCCUGCAGGGGCGCCUUCGCGAGGGCCUUCGCUUGAUCCUGGAGUCAAAGGCGCACAUGGUGCCGGAGAUGCAGCGGGUAGUGGAGCUCUUUGACGCGAGUGACUGCGCGGCAGCGCUUCAGGCAGUUCCGUACUAUUGCUACCAGGAACGCGACAUUCUCAAACACCUGUCGACGAAUCCGAACGACUACCUGGGCUCGUUGCAGGCCAUCUCACGUACCAUGGGAAUGAUGUACUUUCACUCUGUGCAGAGUCUCGUAUGGAACCUGCUGGCCUCGUCGCGGCUGUCCGACAAGAGUCGAGCACACGCUGAGGUUGGCGAUCUCGUGUUUGAAUCGACGUAUCAGGAGCGCGUGGCGGACAGGGAUGCGCGUCCAACGCCGAAUUCUGAUAAGUCCAAACUCCCGGCUGUCCGUCGUCUGACAAGCGAAGACGAGUGCGCGCAUUUCGGCCUGGAGGACGUCCUUCUGCCGGUCCCAGGCCCAGAUCAAGAUCUCGUGUACCCCUCCUCCAUCGGCUGCACGCGAGACGACUACGAUGCUGUGCUCGCGGCGCUGGGCAUCAACUUUGCGUCGAAGGAGGCGCUGGCGCUGAUGAAGGUGUUUCACUUCCACGGCACGUACCGCGCGCUGGGGGUGCGACCCAAGGAGUUUUCACUGCGUGCGGAGAUCGUGGCAGGCUGGCGAACCCCUGUGCUGAAGUCCGACUGGGAGAAACACUGCGACGCGGAAGGCAUCGUGACACCGGCGCUCAGCAGCGCCGGCAACGGGGCAACGGGGCUGGAACCGACGGGGCCGCUGCAAGUCGUGGUCGCCACCUUCUCACUGCCUCCCGGCAGCUACGCGACGAGUGUGCUACGAGAGUUUUGCAUUCCCACGACGGAGAACGGUCAAGGCAAAGAUUCAGGGACUGAGGAUGAGUAA